AUGGAAGAUGGCGAGUCUCAAAUGCUCCCUCUGGUGCAUGUUCUAGUAUUUGUCCAAGCCAACCCAGUUGGGAGGCCUAUUUUUGGCAUCUGUUAUUUGUUUAUGUAUUCUUCAAGUGGUCUUUGCUCCAGGACCAAAGGGUCACAUGAUGACAUGAAGACAAAUGGGGUGAAGGUUGGGCCAGGGAAGAGGGUGGGUGUGCUCUCCCUUGGUGAUCUUACAUCCAUUGAGCUUGUUGGCAGGGAUCGCCCAGCUCUCUUAUCAGAGAUGUCGACUAUACUCGCCAACCUUCACUGCAAUGUGGUUGCUGCUGAAGUAUGGACUCAUAACAUGCGUGUAGCAUGUGUUCUUUCUUUCAACGACGACACCACAGGUUGUGCUGUGGAAGACCCAAUCCGAUUGUCAGCCAUGGAGGAGCAGCUCAAAAACAUCCUACGUGGGUGUGAGGAUGAUGGGAAGGUAGCUCGCACCAGUUUCUCCAUAGGGUUCACCCAUAUGGACCGCUGUCUCCACCAAAUGAUGUUAGUUGCAAGGGACUAUAAAGAUGGUGGGGUUACAGAAGAGAAGGAUUAUGCACCUGCAUUCCAGCCAGUUAUCAUAGUUGACUGCUGUGAGGACAAAGGGUAUUCAAUGGUGAAUGUUUGA